GAUCAUUGUGACAGUGAUAUUUCUCACACAAUUCGCUUAUAGCGAUGGAGUUGGUGGACAGUUCUCUGUAUGGACAUUAAUAAUGUUACCAAAUUAUUUGGAAAACAGGCAGUGCCACUUGUUAAAAACAACAGAGACCAGUACUAGGGAACGUUGGCACUUUUAUCCGCUUGGAUAAGACACUUUAAUCUGAACAUGUCCAAUCCACCGCCCCUACCGGAGAAGUCGAUUCCGGUCACGUCGCAGGCGACUGGAAAACUGGGGGACUGCUGGAGCUGUCGAGUCCUCUCUGGAGGGGGGCUUCUGGCUUCAGGGGGAUAUGUGGGCAUGCAAGCGCAGAAAGUCAUGCGUCUAGGUGGACCCGCAUCUAUGGGCACAGUGGUUCAGAUGAUGUUUGCUGCAGGUUUGGCUGCCUGGGGUCUCGUGGUGAUCUUUGAUCCAGUGGGAAAGAAGACAAGAAUAGCAUAACUUUCCAUUUGGUCUUCCUAU